CAAAAAGAAAUAAGACCAAGAAAAAAAAAACUCUGUGAGGAACACUCUUCUCUUCAAUGGCGGAAGAAGAGAAGAAGCGACCUACACCGGAGCCUACUACUCUCCCUUCUCCGCCGCAGUCUCCACCAAAAUCCGAGAAUUCGCCGCCAGAAAAGCCGACUGCUCCGGCUACAUUCGAUCCUAGUCGAAUGGUUGGGAUCAUCAAAAGGAAAGCUUUGAUUAAGGAUUUAGCUGCAGCUUAUCAGGCCGAGUGUCUUUCUUAUUGCCGAGAACUUCUUGACCUCCAAAAGAGAAAGGACGAGCCGUUUCUGGACACAAAAGCUCCAGAUGAUCUGAGAAAAGAGGCGUUAAGAUCUUCUUCCAAACGAGCUAAGAAAAAACGUUAGAUGCUUAGUUCUACGAUGGUAAUGAUGUUUUUAUAGAUCGUUUUCUCAUGUUUUUAGAAAAGCUUGAAAACUUUAUCUGAUUGUCUAAGUGAUUGUAAAGUAACACAUUUACAAGUUGGAAUCACCCUUUCUAUAUA